CAGGUGGGCUCUACCUGGACGAUCCUCGGUGCAUCUGGGAUCAUCUGCAGCACGCUCCUGGCGUCACUGGUCUCGUACGGGGACCGGGCAGACUGCCUGGAUGUUCGACACUGCUUCUGGGCUGAAGGCGAGCGCCCGCCGCCAUGUCUCGAGGAUACCCUGGACAAGAACCUCUUACGAUCCUUGCGGGGAGAGGAUGGGCGGACCGAGUCCUCCAACUGCAUGUACGUAGAAGUCCGCAACGAGAGCUCGGAGGAUGACGCCCCGCCCGCAGACAGCCCCGCGCUGACCGCAGACGUCGAGCAUUCAGACGCUGCCCAGGCUCUCUUGCGGAAGCUCUUGGUGUUCAUGGCUGAGUCAACGUCCCACGCGAAGCAGUUGAAGGGCCUCUACGAGCAGAUCCCGCAGGCCACCAUCGGCACAGCCGUCUCUUUGACCAUGAAAGCUCCCUCGCUGCUGGUUUUUCUCUGUGUUCUGACGACAUGGCUACAAGUAGCUGCCAUCUACAUGGUGCGCCCUUUCGUCCUCUGCAUGGAGGCCGAGAGAGGCUUGGCCUGGGUCAACACCUCCUUGCGGGACAUCAGCCGCGCGCGAGCCUGCGUGGCUUUGGGCUGGUGGCCCAAGGCCAUGGGCUCGGCCGCCCUCGCCUGCGUGGCUUUGGACGAGGAGAGCUCCGAGGAGCUGCGCAGCGGCGCCGCGGCAGCUCUCUGCGAGGAGGUGGAGGCAGAGCAAAGCCAAAGCUUGCAGGAUCUCGAGGAAGCGGUCUUCAAGCGUCUUGUGGCGCAGGAGGGCUCUGAGGCUAUCAUCGAAGCCCUGGCACGGAGGCCCAUCAGCGAUGAUGCGGAGCUCUCCGUGGCCCCGGGCAAAGCCAAGAAGUGGCACCUGCUCGCUGCCAUUCUGGCGCGGACCUCGCAGGCGAACGUCAACUUCAUGCAAAUCACGCCGGAGAUCUUAGGGAAGGAGAUCUUAGCCCCCCUGAAGAAGAAGGACCUGACCCUGCCGCUGACGUACAUGAACCUGAACGACAACAAGGAGCUCUGCAAGACUCAGGAUGGGAUCGAACAGGUCCUGGAACUCCUGCGGCGCUGCCCAAAGCUCGAAAGGCUGCGCCUGCAGCGCACCGGUAUCUCGGAGAACCCGGAGGGCGAGGCCAGGCUGCGGCAGGCUUGGGGUCCCCAAAGAGAGGCCAAAAAGCUGGAGCUGGACGAGCCACCCAAAUCCAAAUGA